AAGUAGAAUCCGAGGUUCACACCGUCAUUGCAUAAAGGCGGUGAUCAUCAAAAAUAUCGUUAAUAUUUAUUUUCGAGGUUAAGUAGGUGGACGCGCGAUCAGGUUGGUAUAUACGUUGCGUCACUGGUGUAGUGACUUGCGUUGAUGUAAAUUGAAGGUAACGAGUGAAGUCGAUGUGUAAAAAAACAAAAACGAGUGAAACAAACCGGACAAUGUAUUCGAGAAUUCAAAUACAUUCCAUCAAAAGCGAAUGAGCACCUUAUAGCCCCUAAAGUGCCGAGUGAGGAAUUGAAACCGAGUUAAGGCGAAAAUGGCACCUGCACUUAGUAAAUUUGUAACAAAAAAGUCAAUCGCAGGAGCGAUAAGUGUCAGCGCACUAAUUUGGCUACUGAACAGAAGAACGAAAAAACGGACAUCGAAACUAAGACAUCAACAGACAAUCAACGACAUUCAGUAUGUCAUCAAAGAGGACAAACCAAAAUCGCCCAAAGCUCACGUUAACGCAGAAUUCUUCAGGCAGUUAAGCCAGCUCAUUGCUAUUGGUGUACCAGGAAUUUUUUCUGUAGAGUCAGGAUACUUGCUCCUGAUAGCUGCGACUCUCGUUGUCAGAUCGUUUUGCGAUUUAUGGAUGAUUAAUGCUGGGACGCUUAUCGAAACGUCUAUAGUUAGUAUGAAUGGACCUCUAUUUAGAAAACGACUUUUCUGGUUCUUCUCCGCGUUGCCAUUGAUUUCAAUAGCGAACAAUAUACUGAAGUAUGGUAUUGGCGAAGUGAAACUCAGGUUACGCACUAACAUUACACACCACCUCGUGGAUAAAUACCUCAAGGGUUUCACAUACUAUAAAAUGUGCAACUUAGAUAACCGCAUUGCGAAUCCAGACCAAUUGCUCACCACGGAUAUUGAUAAAUUCUGCGACAGUUGCACAAAUUUGUACAGCAAUAUUGCUAAACCUCUGCUGGAUAUAUCUAUUUACGUAUACAGACUCACAUCCAGUCUUGGAGGACAGACGCCUUUGCUUAUGCUGAGUUACUUGUUGGGAGCAGGAACGUUUUUAACUUAUCUUCGUAGACCAAUCGGGUCACUGACUGUAACUGAACAGCGACUUGAAGGAGAAUAUCGUCACAUUAACUCACGUCUGAUUGUCAAUUCUGAAGAGAUUGCUUUCUAUCAGGGAAAUAAUCGUGAGAAGCUAACCCUCCUCACUAGCUUCCAAAAAUUGAUCAAACAUCUACGAAAAUUCCUUGAGUUUAAAGUAACUUUGGGAGUAGUGGACAAUUUUGUCGGAAAGUAUGCGGCAACGAUUGUCGGUUUCUAUGCAGUCAGCAUUCCGUUCCUCCAAAAAAAUCAUCCGAUACUGAGUGGAACCGCUGACCAUCGUUACAAGAGUUACUACACAUAUGGUCGAAUGUUGAUAAAGUUGGCGGAAGCUAUCGGCAGGUUGGUACUCGCAGGAAGAGAGUUGACACGACUGGCCGGUUUGACAGCCAGAGUUACAGAAAUAAGAACAGUCUUGAACGACCUGAACUCAGGGAAAUAUCAACGAACUAUGGUAGCAGACAAUAAAUCCGAACCAGUUGGCGCACCAGGAGCGGGAAAAAUAGUUGCUAAGGACAACAUAAUAAAAUUCGAACAUGUGCCUUUAGUUACACCAAACGGUGAUGUACUCGUAAAAGAUUUAUGUUUCGAGGUAAAAUCUGGCAUGAACGUUUUGGUCUGUGGUCCAAAUGGUUGUGGAAAAAGUUCCCUAUUCCGAAUUCUCGGUGAGCUUUGGCCAGUCUGGGGAGGAGUUGUAACAAAGCCACCAAAGGGGAAAUUGUUUUACAUCCCGCAAAGACCGUACAUGACGUUGGGCACGCUCAGAGACCAAGUAAUUUACCCUCAUACAAGAGCCGAAAUGCUGCGAAGAGGUAAUUACAGUGACGCCGAUCUGGAGGAGUUCUUAAAUGUGGUGCAGCUUGGUCACGUGCUGGAAAGAGAAGGUCAAGGAAAGGGGGAUGGACAGGGUUGGGACACCGUUGCUGACUGGAUUGACGUUUUGUCAGGCGGAGAAAAGCAGCGCAUUGCGAUGGCAAGGCUGUUUUAUCAUGCACCACAGUUCGCCAUUCUUGACGAAUGUACGAGUGCAGUUAGCGUGGAUGUCGAGGAUUCCAUGUACUCCUACUGCAGACGAGCUGGUAUUACUUUAUUCACCGUUUCUCACCGAAAGUCUCUUUGGAAACACCACGAGUAUUACCUUCAAAUGGACGGUAGGGGAUCGUUUGAGUUUAAACUAAUUGAACAGGAUACAGAAGAAUUUGGAUCAUGAAUUUUAUUGUGAAUCGUAAUUCUCCAUAAGGUGGUAUGCAUUAAAUAUACAUAUAGAUACAAUUACAAGAAUUAUAGAACAAUUAUGACAAAUUAUCAAAUCAAAUGUUUAACGAACAUUCCCAGAAAUUGAAAUUCAAACGAAUUCGAUUUUAGGGAGGAGGAUUUUAUCACAUAUUAUACGCACACAUAUGUCUAGGCAUGGACCAUAUUUUUACACAGGUCAAAUAUAAAUACGUAGUUACUACUUAAAAAUCAGGUUGCAAAGAUAUGUUUAUAAUGAUUUUGAUUUUGAUCAUUUCCUUAUGGAAAAAUCUUGAAAAUCGAAAUCAAGUUUUACAGAAAUAUAAUGGUUAUUAUUGUUUCGCACAUUUAGGAACAUUAUCGCAACUAUCGUAUGAUCGGAUAGUUUCAUGAUAAUGUCUGGCAAAAAAAAAAAAAAAUGGCUCAAAAUCAAUAAUCAAUAGAACAUAUGAAUAGAUAUAGAAAAGAGUUCUGCCAACAUUAGGAAUCUAUGAAUUAUAUGGAAUGAGUAUAGCGAGCAAAGGGUAGAUACCAGUAUAAUGCUGUUUGUGUGCUGUUAAAUCAAAUGAACACUACUUAAGGGGGGGGUCCAUCGACUGAAGUAGCUACCAGAACUAUAGAUCGCAGAUAGUUGGCAAUUUUUUUCUGAAUCCUGUUUUGUGCUCCAAAAAACAUGUCUAAAGCUCACGGCGAGAAAAAAAUUAUUUUACCCUCGCUGAUUUUGCAUAUACGUCCCGAAACAAGAUAUCAAAAAUCGGAAACGAUUGAUUGUUCGGUACAGUAAACAGUGUCUGCACACCAAAU